AUGGAGAAAAGAUUAUUUUCUUCUCCCAGCCAAAGAAUAAGUUUGAGGUUUCGCGAAGUCUCUGUCGACCUGCUCACAGAUUUCCUGAUUAACCUCAACAAAAGAAACAAAGAUAACCUCGAUAGUUUAUCAAAAUGCAGCGGAAAGUUCAGAGAUAGAAGGCUAAUGGAAUACAUCUUCCUGAUGACUAAAGAACUAAGACUUGAUCCACUAACUGGAUACCAUGCCAUUGAAUUACUUCAAAGGUUUAUGGUCAAGCACCUUACAGAUUUGCUGACCACACCCACACCUCAUGGUGCAGCUGCUGAUCCACCAAGAAGUUAUGAGGAGGCUAUUUUUGCCAAGCUCAAGGAGAAAUUCCUUCUCAUCAUCUUCUCCUGCGUGCAGCUUGCAAGCAAACUGUCUUUGCACAGUCAUAUAAUCGACAACAAUACUGCUGUGCGCUUUCUGCAUUCAGUGGGCCACAACGUCUCUAAACAGACUGUCCUGGAAUCAGAGCUGUUGGUCUUAAAAGGGCUUGAAUUCAGACUAAAUGCCCCUAACCCACUGACAUAUGUGGAAAUACUUCUGGAGGUGCUUGGACACAAUGAGCCAUCCAUCUCUGUGGAGCGCCUGUAUCACCUGUGCCACCAUGUUCUCCAGUUCGUCACCCUGCAAAGGACUGCCAUCUUUGAGUCCUUGUUAGUGACUACCAUUCAGCAUGUCAGCCCAUCUACAGAACAGAGAGAGAAGUUUGUGGCAGUGACUGAAGACUACAUGCUUCUUGGUGUUGGUGUCAUCGCCGUGGCUGCAUUCGUCCAUUAUGUCACAAUAUGGAAACAGAUAGUGGGAGAACUGAGUCACAUGACAGGAAUCUCAAGGAGGAGCAUCAGUGAUUUCGCUUAUGUGACACUGAUACACAUUGUUAAACCGAGUGCUUGA